AUGCACAGGAAAUUACCUGAAAUGAAAGGGAGAACCGAGUCAAGACAUCAAGCUGAACCACCCAAGAAGAGAGGAAGACCCCCAGGGUCGAAAAACAAAGCGACUGACUCACCAAAGCUUGAUACCCAAGGGCCAUCAACAGCAAGACCUCAACCAAGGCCUCGCAUAUCAUCAGCCCCAGCAGUAGCACAGAGAAGCACGGAAUCACCAGGAGAUACCAUCGCCUCCAGACUGAGACCUCGACUCGCAACUCAGCCUGAGGGAAGUCCCGCUUCCGUUCUCAAAUUCCAGAAACCUGGUCCUCGCCCUAUUGCAACCUACAAACCUCGACAAACAUCUCUAACACAAAAAUCUCCCAUCUCAAAACCCUACGUCCCCUCCCCUCCAAAACCUGCCCUGCUGGAGCCUGAAGAGGAAGACUCCGUCGAAAAAUCAGAACUCGAGGCAGAGGUUGUUGACGAGGAAGUCUUCGUAGAGAUCCCCAAAGAACCAGAUAAUCCAGCACUAAUUCUAAUCAAAGAAAGCCCGAGAACAGAUUCAGAUUCAGAAGACGAAACCGCUGAUGAACCACCUCUGGAUGUCCCGCCAGGAGAACCAGUUGAGAGUGAAGAGGAAUGCGAAGACAAGGGGGAAGAAACUGCGGAAGUCUCACCAACAUUCAUGCAGUCGAUAAACAGAUCAUUCGCUGAAUUCGAUAAAGCAAUCGCAGAAAGGGAGAAUGAACCCGAGGAACCAACUGAGACCGAGUCUUCCGUCGAUGCCAGCUGCGAAAAUAUUAAAGAAUCUGCUGACUUGCUGUAUCAACAAUACCUGCUGUAA